AUGAGACAUCGGUUUCUACUUAUAUGUCUUAUAUUUCCUCUAGCAUUCGCAAGUUUAGAAGAUGUCGAGUUGGAUAGUGCUGAAAUAGAGAAAGAAGUGCCGGCUCGCUUCCGAUCCAUUAAAAAGUUUGGAAGUCAUCAAGAUGCGAGCAAUCAAGAAGUUGCCGCUGUAUCUAACGAAGAUAACACUGACGACCCAGAAAUUGUCGCACCAAACAAACCAUACCUAAUGGCAGAUUCUUCUUUUGAACAAGAAGAAGAAUGUGUUGCUCUUCCAAACAGAACUCGAGUACGCCCAUCAUUUUUCCAGUGCAAAGACGAUACGAAGUUUGAACUUCACGGUGGUGCUAUAACAAAUGGUAAUGGAGAUGACGCCUACCCGGUGUCUUUCAACUCCCGAAUUCGAAUUUUCCUGGAUGUCACUAGCAGUUCCAACAAGCGAUACGACAACUUGGGGGUGGAAGUUUCGAUUUUCAAGCGAUCAACCGGAUGGUUCGGAUGUGGGUGGAUGUUUUUGCCAAGUUUUGGAUUGCUAAGCAACUACGACAUGUGUGACGACAACCCAUCGUGCCCGGUAUCUCCAGGACGUCAAGUUAUCGAGUUUGAAAUAGAUCCGACAAAGUUGUUUACGAAUCUUUUCCGAAUGAUUCACUAUGACCUGGUGGGUACUAUGCAUAAGGUAACUGUGAUGGCUGUAGAUUUCUGCCUAUCAGUUGGUGAUACGUCUACGAGACAACCGGGAUCCAUACCGAGAGUUGUUGUGCGCCACUAUCCAGACAAGAAUCACACUUUGAGUUCCCAGGACUUCGAACGAAAAACUAAAGAUUGCUAA